CACUCCAGCCUGGGCGACAGAGUUUUGUCGCCAAGAGUGACCUUGAGGAACCCUGGGAGCUCAGGAAGGAAGGAGCGCCCAGAAGCAGGGACAGGGAGCUGGUUGGGGAGGACAAGAAAUCAGGUUAUCAAUUCUCUGCAUGACCAUUUUCAUCCUGGGACUGACUUUUGUGGAAUUCUGUGGAUAGUUAUCAUUAUUGUGUUUCUGGGAAUUUCUACACUUGCCAUUUUCCUCUGGAAAACUAAUCUUUGUGUGUCUUUCCUGAAGACUGUCUUAAAGUCACAAAAUGUACAUGACAGAUCCACAGAUGUACAUCGGAAAGCCUGGAGGUCCAAUAGCCGUAGCCAGGAAGGAAUUAAAAUUGGCAUGGAAGACCUCUAUACUUCACGGAGAUAUAUGGAAGCCAAAGUUCGAACUGAAGUCCAUAAGGUGACGACGAAGGUCAACAGUCAUUACAAAAUCAAUGGACAGAGGAAGACUCCCAAGGAAGAGAAGCUAAGAAUGAAAGAAUGUGAGCAAGCAGAAAAGGACAGGCAGCUAUCAGAGGCAGAGGAAAAUGGGAAAUCGAUUAUGAAAGAAAUAGACACCGACAUGAAAUUGUUUCACGCUGCGGAAAGGUUGCGGCGGCGGGCAGAGGACUACUACAGACGCAAAAUCGCCCCUUCUGCAAGAAAGCCUCAUGCCAACUGGCUCUGUGCUCAAGCCUUGCAGAGGAAGAUGGCAGAGAGGAAGGCUGCCUCCAAGCAGCAAAGGUGUGAAAUGAGGGAAAAACAGAGAGUGCCACAGAGACACAUGCGUCGGGAGCCAGUCCAGGGACGACCGGGCCUAGAGAACCCUUUCUGGAGGGGUCAGAAUGGCUGCAGUGGAGCAUCAUCAUUCCUCAGGAUUGCCCUACUGGCCCGACCUCACAGCUGA